UUCUCUGUGCAAUGUAUUCCAAUAUAUUAAUCACAAGAUAACAGUCUUCAAGGAACGCGCACGCCGCAGAAACAUACCGAAUAUCUAGAUAGUGUUAAUUGGUGUCAGAAAGGGCAAGAACUCUUCCUGCGCCCUUGGACGAGUAGGAGUGAUGUGUUUUUCUUCUGUUCUUCGGCCAAUUCGCUCUUGCUACUUCAAUGGAGCUUGAUUUACUUAUUUAAACAGUUUUUUCUCUAUUGGAAAGAAAGAAAUUACCACAAGGAUGAACACAAUUCCCCACGUGACUUCUUGGCAAGCAUUUAGUGUAUAUACCUGAUUAGAGGGUUGUGAAAGUAAAAGUCCGGUUCUGACGAACGCAGCUUGAGCGCAACCUGCGUAGACAGACCACAAACGUGGACUGUGGAGAAGGAAGCCGGCACCAGAGGAUUAUUCUAAAAGAUGAGGAGGACGCGUUGUCGAUAUUGUUGUUUUCCGGCAUUAUUAGCAGUUUUGCCAUUCCUGCUGGGGUUGGUGUGCCCGGUUAACGGCCAAGACUCUGUAAAUCGCAGAGAUUCGAUCAACGACACAGCCUCAGGCAAUUCUACCUCAGACAACUUAGACAACUAUCGUAACUUAGGCCAGUUAUUAUUCUGUGUGCAGUUUUUCAGUAACAUUUGGACGAAAGCGCCAGUGGUUGUGUCGGCCUACGAUAACACGUUAGCAGGUGGUGUGUUGUUCCAGUUUGAGCCUUCGCCGUCCAACAGGACUAGGGUCCAAUUUUCCCGCGGAGAUAUAGACAAGAUAGUGUUUGAUCCAACAACUCUCACCUUGAGGGCUCAGGUUAAUCAACGACCAUUCAGGGGAGAAAAAUUAACGCUCUACGGCCAAUGUGAGGAUUAUGUAGAAAUCUUAGCGCUGCCCAUUUCCCUGGACGUGUCAAUAGAGGUCACCGUGGGGGACGGGAAUGACCCCCCUGUCUUCAGAAACCUUCCUGCUACCAUCGAAAUAGACGAGGAUGUUUCCCCGGGGACGCAGAUCUAUAUUGUGAACGCUGACGACCCAUUUGACGUGUACCAGGAAAAUACCAUUCUUCACUUCAGUGUCGUGGGAAUAGAAGCAGAUGGAGAAUAUGAAAACCGGACCGUGUUCACAAUUUCUGAUGACGGAAGGAUAGAUCUAGAAGAAGAACUGGAUUAUGACGCCGGGGCACGAGAGUAUAAGUUGAAUGUUUUUGUGGAGGAUGAAGGGUUUCCGAUCCAGUUCAACGACUCUACUCUUACCAUCAGGGUGAAGGACGUUGACGAUCUGGGGCCAAAAUUUUUGGAAACGGAUUAUUAUGCUGAAGUCAUCGGAGAGAAACCAAUUCAGUGGACCAGUGAAAUAGACAAUAAAACCAUUGUGUCGGAUCGUGAAGACUGCUUUGAAACCACACCUCGUAUUUAUGCCGUCGACCAAGAUGAAGCCAAAUCCAGGCCCAUAAAAUACAGAAUAAUAGAUGGCAGACCUGGGACCGCCAACUAUUGGGAGGCGUUUUUCCGUCUGAAUGAAGAUGACGGUAGAUUGUGCCAGAAGCAAGCAAUCCCUCGAUCUAUCGACGAGAAUGGGCAACCACGAUUUGUUAACUUUACUUUUACCAUACAGGCUUACCAAGGCGAAGAAGAGGACAUGACAGACACGGCAACCUUGCACGUGGUGGUUUUGGACAUCAACCAGAAUGUCCCGUCCUUCAAACAGAUCAUCUAUGAUGUUCAGAUAGAAGAAAGUCCCGUCGCCAAGGCGGGAGACAUAGUUGUACAAGUGGAGGCAGAGGACAACGAUUUUGGAACAAAUGCAGUGUUUGAAUACCAGCUGAUGAACAACCCAGACGGUGCUUUUGGAAUUGAUCCCAACUCCGGAGAAAUCACAAUUUUAAAACCUGAGUUCAUAGACAGAGAAAAACUGGCGUCAAUAACACUGACGGUAAAAGCUCAGGAGACCGAAUCUGCAGAGCGUUUUGACAGUGAUCCUGAUGCCACUGUUAAUAUAGCGAUUUUAGACGUCAAUGACAACACUCCACAGUUUGACAGAAAUUCCUAUUCCUACACCAUCAAAGACAAGCACGAGGUCGGGGCGGCAGUACAGCAGGAAGGCGAUAACAUCGUCAUCACAGACCCAGAUACGGACCACUUCAGUGAGACCAAGCUAGCCAUUAGCGACCUCACGCGGGAUCCGGGGCCGGCAGAAGAUAUCGAUCUUACCAGGUUUAAUAUCGACGAGAACGGCUACAUCAGGCUGACCACGGGUCUGAAGGAGCUGCGCCGACAGAAGAUCUUCCCAACUUACUCCAUGAAUGUGGUGGUGACGGACUCGCCGCACGACGCCUCAGUGAGAAGAACAGCCAGCGUUCCAGUGACAGUGACAGUUGAGGAGACCAAUGACUAUCCUCCGGUAUUUGGCCCGCCUAAAACAGUGACCGUGCCAGAAGGAUCCUUCAUCGGGACACUUAUAGCACAAACUACGGCAACCGAUAAAGAUGGUGACGAGGACGUCUUUUUGACCUAUGACAUCAUCUCUGGCAAUGAAGAUGGUAUAUUUGAAAUCUCCAACUCGUACACGGCUGAAACUACGGUGACGGUGAUCAUCAAGGACGUUAACGACAACCCUCCCCAGUUCCGUCAGGACCAGUAUACCUUCCACAUCCCUGAGGAGUCCAGUCCAGGGACCUUCGUAGGAGAAGUGGCAGCGUUCGACGUUGAUAAGGGCUCCAACGGAGAUAUUGAGUACCGCCUCGUGCCCGGGUUUGGCUCCGAUGUGUUUGAUAUCGACCAGAACGGCAGGAUAACUGUGAAGAAACAGAGCGAGUUGUUAGACAGAGAGGUCAACAAGAUGUUCGGUAUUGUGGUAGGGGCCAAAGAUAUGGCCGACGUACCUAGAGAGUCUUACGCAUCGGUGGAGAUAAUACUAGACGACAUCAAUGACAACGCCCCAAAACUCUCGGCCAGCUUUUACACGGGAGAAGUGACCGAGGAUGACGUCACGCCUAUCCCGGACCAGGAAGUCAUCCUAAGCUUGCCUUUGGGCUUCACAGACUCCGAUCUCGUAGAUGCAGAUAAGGUCCGCUAUUCUCUCUCCGGGCCUGGCAGCGACAUAUUUGCUAUCGACCCUAAAACCGGGCGCAUCACAGUGAAGAAACCGGGGGCCAUUGAUUCCGAAAAAACCAAAGAGUAUAAUCUCCGGGUCACCGUCACUGACAGCAGUGGGAAGACCGACUCCAGUCCUCUGAAAAUCACCGUCAAAGACGUCAACGACAACGCCCCGAAGUUCACCCAGUCCAAGUACACGUUUGACCUGGACACUGUGGUACCCCCGGGGACUGUGGUGGGACAGAUUUUCGCCGUGGACCCUGACGGUGACGGCAAGACGCAGCUGGUGUACAUACUGAAGGGAGGCGGCGGUGGGAAGUUUGAGGUGGACCCUAACACAGGUGAAAUCACCGUAGUGACACCUCUCGACAAAGACGUCAUCAAGAACCAGUACAACUUGACCGUAGAUGUCUUUGAUAACGGCGUCCCACGGAAGAAGGACACGGCGACGGUGACCAUCAACGUCCCUAUUAACCAGGCUCCGUACUUCAGAAAACCGGAAUACACAUUCCACGUCAGGGAGAAUGAACCGAUCAACACGUUUGUCGGGCAGGUGGUUGCCGUGGACCCGGAGAGCGCUCCUUCUGACGUGUUACCUAACCUAGGUGGGAUCUCGCUGAGGUUUGAGUCCAAGGGAGAGACUGAAGACGAUGAACUGGUGACCAUUGACGAGCCCCUGGCCAAAGCGAGAGGGGAUAUCACGGUACCCAACGCCGUCAGAUACGGCAUCAUAGAACCUGGAGUACCAUUUAGGAUCGAUGUGAAUAACGGAGAGAUAUUCACUCUCCAGAGUUUAGAUCGUGAGAGUGUUGCUGGCUUUGAGUUCACUGUGACGGCCACAGAUCGCGGCACACCGUCUAAGACGGCCACAGCCAAGGUGACAGUGCUGGUGGACGAUUCUAACGACAACGCACCUGUCUUCUCGCAGUCCUCUUAUGAGGGCUUCAUCAUGGAGGAUAAUAUGAAGCCAAAACCAGGCCAGAUGGUUCGAUUGAGUCAGCCUAUCAUGGCCACGGACAAAGACGAGGAGCCGGCUUACAAGACUGUGCGGUACUCUCUCACUGGUCCUGACAGCGACAUGUUCUCCAUUGACCCUGUUACCGGCAUGGUGGCAGUGAGUGGGUCAGGCGUGGGCCAGUUCGACAGGGAGGGCAAAGCCAGUUAUGAGUUUCAGGUAGUGGCAUCAGACCAAGGGUCUCCCAGCCAGUCUUCCACCGCCAGGCUGAAGAUCUCCCUAGACGACGAGAACGACAACGCCCCAGUGUUCCAGCAGGACGCCAUGCCCGUGUUUGAGGUCGGUAAAGACGUGAAGGCCGGCAACAUGAUCGGCUCCGUGACAGCGUUGGAUAGAGACGCUACAGCUCCCAACAACGAAGUCAUGUACCUCCUGGACAGCGACGCAUUUGGCAAAUUCAAAGUGGAAAUGAAAACAGGUAAAUUUGUGCAAAACUCACGUGAACUUCUUGGAGACAAGUUCGAUGUUUCCCCGGGGACGCAGAUCUAUAUUGUGAACGCUGACGACCCAUUUGACGUGUACCAGGAAAAUACCAUUCUUCACUUCAGUGUCGUGGGAAUAGAAGCAGAUGGAGAAUAUGAAAACCGAACCGUGUUCACAAUUUCUGAUGACGGAAGGAUAGAUCUAGAAGAAGAACUGGAUUAUGACGCUGGAGCACGAGAGUAUAAGUUGAAUGUUUUUGUGGAGGAUGAAGGGUUUCCGAUCCAGUUCAACGACUCUACUCUUACCAUCAGGGUGAAGGACGUUGACGAUCUGGGGCCAAAAUUUUUGGAAACGGAUUAUUAUGCUGAAGUCAUCGGAGAGAAACCAAUUCAGUGGACCAGUGAAAUAGACAAUAAAACCAUUGUGUCGGAUCGUGAAGACUGCUUUGAAACCACACCUCGUAUUUAUGCUGUCGACCAAGAUGAAGCCAAAUCCAGGCCCAUAAAAUACAGAAUAAUAGAUGGCAGACCUGGGACCGCCAACUAUUGGGAGGCGUUUUUCCGUCUGAAUGAAGAUGACGGUAGAUUGUGCCAGAAGCAAGCUAUUCCUAGAUCUAUCGACGAGAAUGGGCAACCAAGAUUUGUCAACUUUACUUUUACCAUACAGGCUUACCAAGGCGAAGAAGAGGACAUGACAGACACGGCAACAUUGCACGUGGUGGUUUUGGACAUCAACCAGAACGUCCCGUCCUUCAAACAGAUCAUCUAUGAUGUUCAGAUAGAAGAAAGCCCCGUCGCCAAGGCGGGGGACAUAGUUGUACAAGUGGAGGCAGAGGACAACGAUUUUGGAACAAAUGCAGUGUUUGAAUACCAGCUGAUGAACAACCCAGACGGUGCUUUUGGAAUUGAUCCCAACUCCGGAGAAAUCACAAUUUUAAAACCUGAGUUCAUAGACAGAGAAAAACUGGCGUCAAUAACACUGACGGUAAAAGCUCAGGAGACCGAAUCUGCAGAGCGUUUUGACAGUGAUCCUGAUGCCACUGUUAAUAUAGCGAUUUUAGACGUCAAUGACAACACUCCACAGUUUGACAGAAAUUCCUAUUCCUACACCAUCAAAGACAAGCAUGAGGUCGGGGCGGCAGUACAGCAGGAAGGCGAUAACAUUGUCAUCACAGACCCAGAUACGGACCACUUCAGUGAGACCAAGCUAGCCAUUAGCGACCUCACGCGGGAGCCGGGGCCGGCAGAAGAUAUCGAUCUUACCAGGUUUAAUAUCGACGAGAACGGCUACAUCAGGCUGACCACGGGUCUGAAGGAGCUGCGCCGACAGAAGAUCUUCCCAACUUACUCCAUGAACGUGGUCGUGACAGACUCGCCGCAUGACGCCUCAGUGAGAAGAACAGCCAGCGUUCCAGUGACAGUGACAGUUGAGGAGACCAAUGACUAUCCUCCGGUAUUUGGCCCGCCUAAAACAGUGACCGUGCCAGAAGGAUCCUUCAUCGGGACACUUAUAGCACAAACUACGGCAACCGAUAGAGAUGGUGACGAGGACGUCUUUUUGACCUAUGACAUCAUCUCUGGCAAUGAAGAUGGUAUAUUUGAAAUCUCCAACUCCGGUUGGAUUACUUCCGCUAAGGAACUAGAUCGCGAGGAGAAAGACCAACACUUGCUUCAAAUCCGAGUAACUGACGGCAAAUAUACGGCUGAAACUACGGUGACGGUGAUCAUCAAGGACAUUAACGACAAUCCUCCCAAGUUCCGUCAAGACCAGUACACCUUCCACAUCCCUGAGGAAUCCAGUCCAGGGACCUUCGUAGGAGAAGUGGCAGCGUUCGACGUUGAUAAGGGCUCCAAUGGAGAUAUUGAGUACCGCCUCGUGCCCGGGUUUGGCUCCGAUGUGUUUGAUAUUGACCAGAACGGCAGGAUAACUGUGAAGAAACAGAGCGAGUUGUUAGACAGAGAGAUUAACAAGAUGUUUGGUAUUGUGGUAGGGGCCAAAGAUAUGGCUGACGUACCUAGAGAGUCUUACGCGUCGGUGGAGAUUAUACUAGACGACAUCAAUGACAACGCCCCAAAACUCUCGGCCAGCUUUUACACGGGAGAAGUGACCGAGGAUGACGUCACGCCUAUCCCGGACCAGGAAGUCAUCCUAAGCUUGCCAUUGGGUUUCACAGACUCUGAUCUCGUAGAUGCAGAUAAGGUCCGCUAUUCCCUCUCUGGGCCUGGCAGCGACAUAUUUGCUAUCGACCCUAAAACCGGGCGUAUCACAGUAAAGAAACCGGGGGCCAUUGAUUCCGAGAAAACCAAAGAGUAUAAUCUCCGGGUCACCGUCACUGACAGCAGUGGGAAGACCGACUCCAGUCCUCUGAAAAUCACCGUCAAAGACGUCAACGACAACGCCCCGAAGUUCACCCAGUCCAAGUACACGUUUGACCUGGACACUGUGGUACCCCCGGGGACUGUGGUGGGACAGAUUUUCGCCGUGGACCCUGACGGUGAUGGCAAGACGCAGCUGGUGUACAUACUGAAGGGAGGCGGCGGUGGGAAGUUUGAGGUGGACCCUAACACAGGUGAAAUCACUGUAGUGACACCUCUCGACAAAGACGUCAUCAAGAACCAGUACAACUUGACCGUAGAUGUCUUUGAUAACGGCGUCCCACGGAAGAAGGACACAGCCACCGUGACGAUCAACGUCCCCAUUAAUCAGGCUCCGUACUUCAGACAACCGGAAUACACAUUCCAUGCCAGGGAGAAUGAACCAAUCAACACGUUUGUCGGGCAGGUGGUUGCCGUGGACCCGGAGAGUGCCCCGUCUGACGUGUUACCUAACCUAGGUGGGAUCUCGCUGAGGUUUGAGUCCAAGGGGGAGACUGAGGACGAUGAACUGGUGACCAUAGACGAGCCCCUGGCCAAAGCGAGAGGGGAUAUCACUGUACCCAACGCCGUCAGAUACGGCAUCAUAGAACCUGGAGUACCAUUUAGGAUCGAUGUGAAUAACGGAGAGAUCUUCACUCUGCAGAGUUUUGAUCGUGAGAGUGUUGCUGGCUUUGAGUUCACUGUGACGGCCACAGAUCGCGGCACACCGCCUAAGACGGCCACAGCCAAGGUGACAGUGCUGGUGGAUGAUUCCAACGACAACGCACCUGUCUUCUCGCAGUCCUCUUAUGAGGGCUUCAUCAUGGAGGAUAAUAUGAAGCCAAAACCAGGCCAGAUGGUUCGAUUGAGCCAGCCUAUCGUGGCCACGGACAAGGACGAGGAGCCGGCGUACAAGACGGUGCGGUACUCUCUCACUGGUCCUGACAGCGACAUGUUCUCCAUUGACCCUGUUACCGGUAUGGUGGCAGUGAGUGGGUCAGGCGUGGGCCAGUUCGACAGGGAGGGCAAAGCCAGCUAUGAGUUUCAGGUAGUGGCAUCAGACCAAGGGUCUCCCAGCCAGUCGUCCACCGCCAGUCUGAAGAUCUCCCUAGACGACGAGAACGACAACGCCCCAGUGUUCCAGCAGGACGCCAUGCCCGUGUUUGAGGUCGGUAAAGACGUGAAGGCCGGCAACAUGAUUGGCUCUGUGACAGCGUUGGAUAGAGACGCUACAGCUCCCAACAACGAAGUCAUGUACCUCCUGGACAGCGACGCAUUUGGCAAAUUCAAAGUGGAAAUGAAAACAGGCGAAAUCAAGGCUCUGGAAGGCGUCUAUUACCCACCAACCAAAGAUACCUAUAUGCUGAAGAUCAAGGCAAUGGACAUGGGCUAUCCGACACUAGAGGGCCAGACUGACGUCAUGGUCAAGAUAGACCCCAGCCUAACCAAACCCAUCCCACUUGGAGAGGGAGGCAGACCAUACUUUGUGGGCGAUCUGAUCUUCUACACUCCAGAGGAACAGACGGUGGGCAGUGUUAUAGGGACCAUCCAGGCCAAAGACAGCCUAGGUCCAGGAGGCAAGAAAGUUCCAGUUUAUAUAGCUCAGAAAGACAAAGAUAUAUUGCCUUUCAAGUUGGAUCCCACGACUGGCCAGAUCAUCGUGACAGGCACCAUGGACCGCGAUAUGGGCUUGAAGUACUAUGCCUUCGAGGUGCACGCGGUCGGCAACACGGUUCCUCCUGUGAACGCCACGGCGCAAGCGGCCAUUAUCCUCAGUGAUAUCAAUGACAACCCACCCAGGUUUACCCACGAUGAGUAUCGCCACGUGGUGCACUAUUCCACCCCUCCUUGGAGCAUCCUCUCCACGCCCUUCGCCUAUGACAAGAUUGAUGAGCUGGAGUCGGCCUACGAUUACCGUCUGUUCGGGAAACCCGAGGGAGUGGUCAUUAUUGACCCCCAGAAAGGCAAUAUCAUUGCCACGGACAAGUUAAUAACUCAGCCCCACGGGAGGACAUUAGAAUACACUAUUCGAGCCACUGAUCUCUAUAAUAAUGAAUUAAAAGCAGAGGCCAAAUUGAAACUCACUAUCUCGGGGAUGGGCGCGGGUGGUAAAGGCAAUAAUUGCGGUUGCUGUUUGGUGAGAUGUGGAAGUGGCGGGAAGGGCCCGGCCCCACCCCAGCGGCCGGCACCACGGAAGAGUUACUCUCCAUACGCUGCGCGCAAGAGUGGGUACUACCGAUACUACUACAAGAAGUAAUUGGGGUGGCGUUUAGUUAUUUAAAAUUCCAGCAUAUCACUGCCAGUAUUAUUGCAUUUAUUGUUGAUUCGUAAGACACUGUUCGUGCGUGAGCAACUGAAGAAGACUGGACUUGCUCAGACGACACUGUAUGUUGAUAAUAGUCGCGCACAGAAAGGAAUAACAACUGAAAAACAAAACUUAAUUUUAUUGUGAUACUUACUGAUCCAUUGCACAUCCUGCGCCAUUAAACCCGAGAUCCAUUUCUCAUUGAGUGUAAACUGGACUUAGAUAGUGAACGAGCCAGAAUGCGCAUGAAAAUCAGUGCAUAUAAGUGUAAACUGGACUUAGAUAGUGAACGAUCCAGAAUGCGAAAGUAGAGGAGAUUAUUUUAGUGUAAUUGACUUAGAUAGUGAACGAUCCAGAAUGCGCAAGAAAAUCAGUUCAUUUCAGUGUAAACUUGACUUAGAUAGUGAACGAUCCAGAAUGCGCAAGAAAAUCAGUUCAUUUCAGUGUAAACUGGACUUAGAUAAUGAACGAUCUAGAAUGCGCAGUGUUCGCAGUAAGUAGAGGAGAUCAUUUCAUUGUCUCAUAUAUAAAAUAGUGUUAAUCUUUAUCCUCUCUAUACUGGCUAUAUGACAACAUGGCAUGGGGCGGCUCGUGCUGUGCUGAAGGACGUAGUGCUAUGGUCAUAUUCAGUCAUUGUGAUGUCCACUGUGAAGACGGGCGAAGAGACGGGUACCUUCCAGAACACGUUGAAGUCAACUAUGCAAUGUUGGAAUCCUGGCGCGUGUAAUUCUUCUUCUCUCUCCUUCCUGGUCCAUCUUAAGGAAGUUAGACCGGACUUGGUUUGUCGUCGUCAGCGUUUGUGAUUUCUGGCCGAAAUACUACCUCUGUUUUGGUAGCAGUCGGCCCUCCCCGGCCUCCUGUGACAAUAUCAUAGUCCUGGCGGCGACAACGGUGAAGAACGCACCCUGUGCACGCCGGAUAUGCUACGGAACCCAACAUUGCAGUCAGAGACAACUUGUAAAUAUAUCACUAAAACGGGCGGUAAACGAUAAAACUGGGCGGAAAGACUGAAACCCCUCUUUGUGGGGGCGGCGAGUAGUUCAUUUGUAUAAAUUUUGCACAAAUCUAUUUUUGCACAAGCAAAGUCACUGUAAAUGGUAUAAAGUUACGCUUAUAGCUUGAGUUUGAGUUUGAUGUAUUUAAUUGUUACACAUAUUGCUUUUAUAACUUAACGUUGAACGAAGCAAAUCAGUUAGUUCUGGUGAUAGCGGAAUUGGACACGUGUGCGUGUCUAGCUAGGGCACUGUUGUUCCUCAACCUGCUGUAACAAUAUUCAGUAUAAUAUAUCCGAAUUACAUAUCUGCUUAAUUAAACGUGUAAGCGUAAACUGCACAUACGCAUAGCUAACGUUUGGAAGUAUUUCACAGAGCACAUAUUUUAUUAUUAUAUAAUCUUGGAGAUGAACUAUCACACACAGGGCCGUGCGACAGCCCCACCAACACUGCAUGCUGCAGGAAGCUUUCUAGUGAGUUUCUUUAAAUGAGUAGGUUUACAGGACCGGCGAUGUAGAGUUAAAAACGCGCAACUCAGCGUCGCCAAUCCUACCUUAGAGAGUGCAGUGUUACGAUCACCACGACAAAGCUCUCUGCGCCAUCUUUAGUUGU